AUGCUACUGCCCAUGCUGCAGCAGCAGCAGCAACAGCAGCAACAAGCCGCCAUGGCUGCUGGUCAGUCAACCCUCUGGACUGCUGCUCAGCUGCGAAAUCAGCAGACGCGCACUGAUCGGCAGCUGCGAGAGGAGCGACUGCAGGCUGCUGCCACCCCUUCUCCCUUCGGAGAGGUGUUGCGCAACGUUUGCACAUCGCAAACGAUCGUGAGCAGCAGCAAACGCGUCUUCCUGCUCGCGAUCAAAACGCUCAUCAACAAUAUCAAUAAGCCGAAAAGCGAGCUGCAGCAGAAGCAUCUCCGCCUCGACUUGUCGAAUGAAAUUCUCCGCUCCAAAGUCUUGCGGAUCCAAGGUGGAAGAGAGGCACUGGCGCUCAUAGGGUUCAAGCCAGCUCCAGCAACAGCCGACGACGGCGAGCAGGAGCACGCAACGACAGAAAAUUUCCUCUACUUCUCCUUGUACGAUGUGGAAAGCGAAGAAAGGGUCCACCAACAGCUGCAGCAGCAGCUGCGUGAGCUCGACGGCUUUAUUGCCGCCUUCACCCCGCAGAAUGCUGCUGCUGAAUCCGCAGCAACAACAACCCCACCAUCGGAUUCUCCAGGAAUAGGGGCCUUCGCAACAGCAGCAGCAGCAGCAGCCGCAUCUCUCAUGCAGAUGCAGCAGCAGCAGCAAGUUCAGCAACAGCAACAGGUGCAGCAGCAGCAGCAGCAGCAGCAGCAGCAGACACCAGAGCAGCGAUAUUCAUUUCAGCUGCAGCAGUUGCAUGCCAUGGGCUUUACCGACGUUCAGAGAAACAUCGAGGCCCUAGAGGCAUGCAGUGGCAAUCUAAACGCUGCCAUUGAUCGACUCGUUGCGUGA